ACAGAGAUCGAGAGAGGGUUGGAAAUUAUGUCAAUUUGUCCUGCUUAUUGCAGGCUCCAUCUCUUUCUCAUUAACCACGAUGUACCCUGUUACAGUGGGCUCUGACGGCGUUGUCCUCUGUCCGUGCGGUGAGCCAGUAGCCGGCCUCACAAGUAAAACAUCAAAGAAUCCCAAUCGAAAGUUCUAUAUAUGUCGUACCAAACGUUGUGCUCUAUGGUGCUGGGCAGAUGAAGUUCAGCUUAAGCACCAAAGCACCCCAGCCACUUCAAGUCAAACCGAGACUUCGCUUAAGAGGCGUAAUUCCGAAGACUCUGAAGCACAGAGCACUCCGUCCAAGCGCCCUAAACCUUCCGUCAACGACCAAAUGCCUUUUGAAGCCCAAAAGGUGCUUGAACGAUAUCCAGGAGGCUCCCAGCAGAAACAACUUGCCACCCCAUCUAGAACACCGCAACAGAAACAGAGAUGCAUGCAAAACAUAAUUGUAGGCCUUUCUCAGGACAAACAAUCAGCCGCUUCUUCACAGAUAUCUUUGGAAUCCACUCCAUCCAAACCUGAAAACCGGGCUCAAGGAGCAAAGGAAACGCAGCCCGAAGAUGAAUUCGAUCGGUUGUUAAGUCAAGAGGAGGAUCCUUUUGCCCCUGUUACUGGCCUCAGAACUCCGCCUAGCCAACAGUUGCUCCUAUUUAGAUCUGAGACGCGGGCUAAGGGGAAAGCGCGGUCUCUCAAUCCUCUUCAGGAUGAGAAACUAAUAUUCGAGCUUGCGGAAUCAAGCCACUCAACCAUCCCAACUCAAUGUCUAUCAAACACUUCUCCCGCCGACAAAAUCAUUCUCACAACUGAUGAACAACUUUCAUUUGCCAAGGUAAUCGAGCAGAAAUACGUUGCGGAAGUAUUAAAAAACGCACGUUUGGAGGCGAAAAUCGAAAUCCUCGAAGGACAGAUUAAUGCACUACGCGAGGAGCGGCAAUGAUCAGGUGCAAACGAUUGUUGCUAAUUCGCUUGUCAAAUGUAUUUUGUUAAUCUUGGUCCUAUUUUUGUGCCUGCCUACCUAGCUAAAUCCUUAUCGUAUAUUUCGCCUUCGCCUUAUCACUCGCGAAUGGCGGGGAAACUGCAGUUAUCGUACCAUCAUGACCUGUCCGCCACAACAACUUUUCGGAUUCAUACUCAUCGUCUCGAACCAAUCACCGGCUUGUUAUCGAGAGGAAGGUUACCACUUCACGCGUACUCCCGGUAUCUCCGUUGGCCACCGCUUGCACACACGGUCUUGCGAUGAUGGUGCUUCCUUUUUUUUUCUGAACAUGGGAAGUCGAAAAAGCCGCUAUCUGUUUAACAUCUGUCAUUUCGCAAUGAUACUCCAAGGACCUUCGACCGCGGGUGCGAUAAAAAUUAACUAUCCAUGCGACUUCAUGACUGGCAUUGAAGAAGGAAACAAUAUUCAGGUACUCGAACGAUUGCCUCCAACUACCGGCACCCGUGUCCCUACCUUCUUGCGCAAUCUGCAAGAUCCGAGGUGGACCUUGACGGCAGACCUUGGUCCCAGAGCUAUCGAAGUAAUAUGGGAGGAGUACAACGCGUCGAAACGUUGAAAAUCGUGAACGGCUGAGGCUGCCAGAUGGGCUUCCGCUACCCACUCUCUUGUGUACCAAAAUGGCCUAUUCGGAUUCUCCAAUAUCGACCACGGUUACUUUUCAUUCCGACUGCCCCCGUGCAAAUGAGGUACCGGGAAGGAAAGGGUAUGGAACACCAGCCUUUUUGGUAAAUGAUCUUCAACAUAUCCGUAGUGAAAUGGAGAGAAAUUGAGGGUCCAUUUCCUUCUUCCUUCAAGAUACUGAGCUCACACGAGACUAGGAGAAUGGCGCG